AGAGUCCACAGUAUAACAAACAUAAGCUAGUAAAUAGACAACCAGUAUAAAUCGAGUGUUCGAGCACUUUAUGGUCUGAUUAUUACCAUGUUAUCACGUACGUUCUUUAGAUGUUGGGAUAAGAUUCAUUUGAAUGAUAGGAGAAAAUUAUACAUCACGCUGAAAAAAUUCUUCAAAAAUCGAUGCAUAGUAAGUUCAGACGUUCGCCUUUAUUUCGCAUAAACAAUUUCGACUUAUCAUGAUAUAGCGAGCGGCAUAUCAAUGAUUGAGAGAGAAAAUUAGAACAGAUCACAUGACCACGUCAUGUGACCGCACACAUGACGUAAUAUUUCACGACGUAAAUAAAAUAUAGAUAAAAAUAGGUGUUGUCAUCAUCAUUGCGAUAUCUGAGAACAACAGCCCACAAUUCUUUGAAUUUAAUUGAAAUAUUGUCAGUUAUCUUACGAUUUGUUUAUAAGUGAAUUGGGACAUCUGCAUUUUGAACAUGGCAACAAGUGCAGUUGCAGCAAAUCACCAUGUUGUGAAAGCUGGCUGGAUGCAGAGAGAGAGUGAUGUAUUGAGAAGAUGGAAGAGUUGUUACUGUAUCUUGAAGACGAACGGUAUGCUUUCGUAUUUCAACGAUGAGAAGCAGAAUGACCUACAAGGACAAAUCAACCUCUCCAGGGACUGCUUUGUCUUGAAGAUUGCACGUGAUGUGACUGGUGUGACGCCUCCGUCCAGCCACGAUAUACUGGGCUUGAUUGAAAUCCGUACCAGUCAGGCAAAUACAAUCUUCUGUGCGGAUUCGGCCGACGAUGCCCAGACUUGGAAACUUGUGUUUGAUGAUGUCAUCAGAGCUAAUUGGGCGGCCCCCAAUGCCCCGCAAAGACAGCAACCACCCGUAUUCAUCAACGGCACUGUUCCUCCACCCUGCUACGCAGCUGGACCCGCCCCUAUCCCUCCCCAAGUCGUAUCGGUCAACCCUCCCCCAGUGUAUGCCGUCAACCCUCCCCCAGUGUAUGCCGUCAACCCCUCCCCAGUGACUGUCAUCAAUCCCGGGUCCACUUCCAGGGUGACCUCUACAACCUACUAUCCCAAUGGUCAGUCGGUCACUCACAUCCAAAGAGGUGGUCUGGGGACCUGUUACCCUGUGCAGCAGACCGUCUACACGUACCCUGGUCAGACCAUCGUCCCAAGUAGCAAUGGAACAGUGACCACAUAUCAUGUCCCAAAUCAGACCACCACCCAAGUGUAUCGAACCAGAUACUACUAAGGUUCCUUCAUCUUCAAACACUUAAUUCCAUCCAUGGUCAACUUUGUCAUUCUUGAUCAGGGGUGCAUCACACAAACCUUAGCAAUCAUCGUUGAACACUUUUUUUACGAUUGAUUGCAUUGACUACAAUGUACAAAUAAUCGUGAAAAUCAAGCAUGCGAUUAAUCGCUAACCUUUGUGUUACGGGACCCAGAUAAGAACGUGUAUGCCAGCCAUAAACCUCAUGGAAAAACUCAGUAUGAUGCCCAGCAAGACUUGCCCCGUUGUCCCAGUUGCUAUCGUGUACUGUAAAGGUUUACAGAAGGUCAUUCCUUGACUCCAUUUCCUACAGUAAUUCUUUCUAAUCAUCAUGUUUUAUGUGAAUACAUGAAGGAAUUGAAGUGACUCAACGGAAUUGUUUCUUUCAAAUUCUCUCACAGCAUAUCUUGAUAGGGUGCUCAAUCUAGGACAGACAGAGGAGUCCCACUCCCUCGAGCCCCCCUAAAAAAUUAUAAAAUAAAUGAAUAGAUAGAAUACAAAUGAAUAAAGAAUUAUUAUUAUCAAUAACAAAUGUAUAAAUAUUUUUUAAAAUAAUGAAAAAUAAAGAUUAAAAUAAAAAUUUUCAAUAUUUCCUCUUUUGAGGACUUAAAAAAACAACUAAUGUGCAUCUUUUCUAUUUGUAUGAACUUUAACCUGCACCUUGUUCCAAGAUGUACCCCCCCCCCCUCCUUCCCUCAGUGAAACCGGCCUAUACUCUUGUACAUGCCUGUAAUUUGUUAUUUAAUCAGAUUUCUCCAUCGUCUGUGCAAAAUGAAUAAAAACAUAUAUUUUUGCAAUAUUUUUUUCUUAAUUUUAAGCUUUGAUGUCGGUAUCAAUAGAAUUCAAAUCAUGAUUGAAUGAAAUGCUCUUCAAUAUAUGGUAUAUUGAGAAUUGUAAAACGAACUAAUAUAUACUUGAAUCUAAUCAUCUUUAAUCCCAAUACGUUCUUGUUCAUAAACUUUUAGAUCUAACGUAAUUUAAGAACUUGUGAGCUAAGGCACGAAUUGUCCUUAACCAAAGAUUACUGCAGCUAAAAUCCAUAAUAUUCUGUUUCUUUGUUCCCAUAGUACUACUAAUGAAUACGUAAUAUAUUAUUUUGUUUCUGUAUAUAGUUUCAAAAAUAUAUAAACUUAGACUCGAAUAUAGAUUUAUUGUUUGACAUUUCUUAACUGAAAUUAGAUACUUGCUUUCCAGAUGGCAACUAAAUAAUAUUUUAAGCAUUGGAUUAUAUUUCAAUUAAUAGUGAGUAAUCACUGUAUCAUUUCAUGUGUGAUAUGUGUAAUAACAACUACCCUCAUCUGUAUAUGUGUAUGUACAUUAUAUCUGUAUUCACUAUUAAAUUGAUCAAAUUACUUUUUUAAUUGGUGGAGAUUAACAUUCCUUUUAGCUUAAUCUUUGUCUAUUAAAUCAGAGAUUGAUUGUGCCUUUCACAGACGAAUGAAAUGAUGUAUGGUCUUUACUGUUAUGGAGAAUAUACUCGCAUGGGAUUCUUUUGAAUAUUUAGAAUCGUGUGUGAUUACAUGUCAUGUGUGAUUAUGUGAUUAUGCCAUGUGUGAUUAUCUCAUGUCUUUAAUUGUGUAAGUGCUUACUGUUAACCAUUUUAAUUUUAAAAGAUAAUGUUGACAUAUAAAAAUCUAUUUGAACAUCACAUGUUUAGAAAUUGUAAGAUUAGACUGCUAAAUGAAAUUUUAGAAAGAUUUGAUGUAUUAUUUUCUGAACUUCACUGUAUUUCAAAUGAUUCCAACUCUAACUCAUAUGCAUGUAUUGGAUUUUUAAGAACUGAAGUUGUACCCUCACCCGAGCCCCACUCCCUUUAAAAAGUGGCAAGAUACGCAUCUCUGUGCAUUGUAAGACUCUGAUCAGUAAGUGCAUUAUUUGCCCCCCCCCCCCCACCCUAUGGGGGGGGGGGGUCACUCCUCAAAUACUGAUGUUUUCCAUGCUCAUCUAAAACACUUCUUAAUUGUGAUAAAAAUUGUGUAAUAUUGUGAUAUACCCUUUCUGGUGGAAGUUCUGAUGAAUUAUCAUCAUUUUACCCUAUUUCGCAAAACUUAGAAUGAAUACUGAAAAAGUAUGCUGAUUUGUUUAUUGACCACCACCCCCCCCCCCCCAUCCCCCGCCUUUGCCAUAUGGACCAAAAUUGUCAGCGAUAUCCCUCUCCGUAUUUGUCGUAACAUUCAUCUUGCCAUCCAUGAUGUGUAAAAGCAACUCUUGAUUGUUAAAAUUGUGAAUAACCUUGUACAUCUGAUAAUUACUCUUCAUUCCUAUUGCUUCCAAACAUUGUGAAGUCUUUAUCUGGUAGAAGUACAUUCAUAAUCCUUCAUUAAAUAGAUUUUUGAUUGACAAAGAAACAAAGUUUGACUGUACAAAGAGAUGAGGAAAACUCUUGACUUGAGUACUGUCAUGAUUCAGUUUCAAUGUUUUACACUUCAUCAAGUUUUCUUCAUCAGUUUGUAUAUUCCCAUUAUACAUAUAGGCCUAUGUGAGAAUAAAGGAUUUGAUUGUAAAUGUAAAUGCAUAUUUUUGUAGUCUAGGAUGUUCAGAGGUACAGUGAUCUUAUUAAAUGUUUUAAUAUUGUAAA